GGGUUUCUCUGGUUCCGCUUCUUGUGAACAUGGCCGCGCCCAUGCCUGAGAAAGGCGGCUCGGGAAGCAGGGCAAAAUAUGGAAACUUUAACAACUACUACCAGUUCAACAAACCAGAGGAGCGGCUAAAAAUGCUACCAAAAGACUUGGUAACUUAUUGUAACUUGACAGACCAGUCCCAAGUUGUUGCUCUCGACAUUGGCUGCAACAGCGGGGAGCUCACAACUCAUCUUUGCCGGAACUUGGCUUCAUCAGGAUUGACUGACGUGAAAAUGCUUGCCAUUGACAUUGACAGUUCAUUAAUUGAAUGUGCCAAGAAGAAUUGCUCAUGUCCUGAAACAAUAGAAUACAUGUGUUUGGAUAUAACAAGUAAUGACAGUAUAGAGUCGCUGAUAGCCUACUUGAAAAAAGUGGGCAAGGAUGCAUUUGACAUCACAUUUUGUUUCUCCGUGACUAUGUGGAUACAUCUAAACCAUGGUGACAGUGGAUUGAAACAGUUUCUUGAAACAGUCAGUAAAAAUACACAUUUUCUGCUUGUAGAGGCACAGCUAUGGAAAUGUUACAGAAGUGCUUCACGACGUAUGAGACGUGGCAACGAGACUGAGUUCCAAAACCUUGAUACACUUAGCAUGAAUGUCAAUGUAGAAGACAACAUCCACGACUUUCUGCAAGGCAGGUGUGGCUUGGAGGUGGUUGAAUGUUUUGGCCAAACACAGUGGGGCAGAAAGGUGACCUUAUACCAGAGAAAAAAAGCAGUGUGAUGUGAAAUGUAUAUAUUGUGCAUUUAUGCAAAUGUAUACAUUGUGCAUUUAUGGAAAUGACGUCCACAUUCAUUCCAAAAUGAGUCAUGUUCACAAACCAGCACUUGUUGUAAGUGGCCAGUGUUUAAAAGUGGAGCCUCCUUGUGCACAUUACGCAGACCUCCCACUUUAGUCUACAAAUCAAUUUUGUUCAUAUUUACAAUGCAUUGUGCUUCUGCAGAUUGACGCAUUUUUUCUUGCAUGUACAGUAGCUCUGUUCAAAGAACUGGAGUAACUCUCAUUGUCAAACUUCACUUGUAAACCACACCUGUGAUGCAACAUGUGCCAGCUUGCAAUUGCCCUACUGCAUUUAGAUGUGUUGUGAUACAACAGCUAAUAUUGUGGCACCAUGUAAUUGUGAAGUAACACAUGCUCAUAGCAUUAUUUAAUAUUUUCAUUACAUGAAACUAAGUCAACCAACUGUGAGCAACUGUGAAACUGUCACAGUAAUUUAUGCAGGUUGAGAUGCAAUUCCUUUUUACCCACUGUUAAAUGUAGACGCUAGUGCUGACAUACAAUAAAGAAAAUUGUCAGUGUUUGUGUUA